AUGAAAAGGGUAGAGAAGUUAUUCUAUAAAAUUUCGAUUUUCGUGUUGCGCAAUAAUGUGAAGUACGAUUUAUUCGUCAUAAGCAGUGACGAAGAUUUGCAAGUUCUGUUUCGUUGUCAUCGACACUUUUUCGAGGUGAGAACUCCAGAGCUAUUGGCGAAGCUUGUAGAUGUGGUAUGUAGUUCUGGAGGUUCGAACCGGAAUCCUCAAUCUUCAGGAUAUCUAGCCUGCUCUAGUUCCAUACCUGUUGGUGCCUCGUCAGCUGUGCUGGUGAUUGUACCUGACGUAGUUUUAGUUGCAUUUCUAUCCUUUGCAGCUAAUCUGAACCGCAGUGGUGACGCAAGAAUUGGUGAGACCGGAUCCUUGGGGGAGGUUGCGAUUGUGACGCCCGAUACUCCUAUUAUGGUCCCAGUUUUCGGAGAGGGUGGAGUACCGGAUGGGAUUGAGGAUGCACUGCAUGAUGAUGAUGAUGAUGAUGAUGAUGUGGAGCCCUCCACAAUAGCUGAUGAUAGUGACGAUCACAUAGCAAGGACCACUCCAGUUGUGGGUGGAGGAGCAUCUAGUUCAGGAACUCAUCAAUACCUCCCGCAUUUUUCAACUUUGGACUUGGAUACCAUGGCACAACAGGGGGAUCCGGGGGAUAAAGAGGAAGUCGUGUUAAGCGUGAAGACUUAUAGCAUCCACCAUGGGGUUGAAUACAAAGUGAUGGAAUCCGAUCAUCGCAAGUACUAUGACAAGUGUAAGGUGUUCGGCAACAGGUGCACAUGGCUCAUUCGGGUUAGCCUCCGCCAGCGCAGAGAUUUCUGGGAGGUAAAACGGUACAAUGGUCCUCAUACUUGUCUAGCCACAUCGAUAUCUAGUGAUCACAGGAUGCUUGAUUAUCAUGUCAUAUCAGCCUAG